AUGGUUAGUGAUUAUAAGCUUGUCGUUGUUGGAGGUGGUGGUGUCGGUAAAUCCGCAUUGACUAUCCAAUUCUUCCAAUCCCAUUUCGUUGACGAAUAUGAUCCAACAAUUGAAGACUCAUAUACAAAGAAUUGUGUUAUUGAUAAGGAACAAGUCAAGUUGGAUGUAUUAGAUACUGCUGGUCAAGAAGAGUAUAGUGCCAUGCGAGAACAAUACAUGAGAACUGGCCAAGGUUUCUUAAUGGUAUAUUCAAUCAACUCCAGAAAUUCGUUAGAAGAAUUGCAAAGUUUUUAUGUUCAAAUCCAAAGAGUAAAAGAUAGUGACCAUGUUCCAGUUGUCGUUGUUGGUAACAAGUGCGAUUUGGAAAGUGAGAGACAAGUUAGUUACGAUGAAGGGUUGGCAUUGGCCAAACUGUUUGGUGCCAUAUUCUUAGAAACAUCAGCCAAGCAGAACAUUAAUGUUGAAGAAUCAUUUUACGGUUUGGUAAGAACCAUCAAAAAUUUUGCUUUGGCAGAACAAGAAGUACUAGAUCCUCAAAAUAAUGGCACUCAACUUAAUGGUGGUGUUGUUCCUGGUAAUUCUGCACAUUCGAUACAAAAUGACGUUAACAAGCCCAAUACAUUGACUCAAUCAAUUAAAGAGUCUGCCGACACUAAGGAAUCCGUUGAAGAAACAAACAACGCGUCAUACAACAAUCAGCAACCCUCUGGGGCUCGCCAACAAGGUUCUCAAAAUAAUGACACACAAAAGGCAUCAACUACAGCUGGUUCUGGAGGAAGAUCAAAUCAAUACAGCUCAGGCGCUCAAGUUUCAAAGGAUAAGGGUGGAUGUUGUGUAAUUGUUUAA